AUGUCGAAAGGAAGCGGUGAUGCGGGAAGUAAUCUCUCUGAUUCCCACAACGGUGCCAAGGAUGCAUGCAAAGCGUGUGGCAAAGCAGGUAACUUUCCGAUGGUCCAAUGCGAUAAUUGUGACUACUGGUACGACUUCGACUGUGUGGGGGUGAAUCAAGACGUCGAGAACCACGAUUGGCUUUGCCCAGCUUGUCAGAAAUCGACGGUACCCCUUUCCCCAGCAGUACCAACUAUCCAGUGCACAAUUUCUCCGCCAGUACCGCCCGUAAGUACUAUUAUAACAAACCAAGGACGCAACAAUGUUAUGUUACCCUUGAGUACAACGUUUGAAGCUGGAACUAGAUUUCCCGCCACAUCAGCAAUGGUACCGCCAAUGACUUUCUGUCCUCCGAUGGGAUCCAAUGUACCAAUGUCUAUCAUGCCACCCCACUCGUUAAUGCAACCCUAUUCGUGUAUAUCGCCUUACUAUUUAAUGCCACCUUUUCAAUCGACGCAAAUAAAUAGUUAUAUGCCGCCAAUAUCCUCAUACAGUCUGUCAAAUCCCUACGUUUCGGUGCCAGUAAUGAGAAAUUAUGAUCCAUGUUAUACAGUACCGUCCAAUGCCGGCCAGUCUAUUCCGUCGUUACUGAACCCAGUUCCACCGAAGUCAGUUUCAUUUGUAUCAAUCGCUGAUGCUGAGGGAGGACCAAGAAAACAGAUUUCGGAGUCACUACAUUCAAAUCAUCUUCUAAGAAGCAAGCAACGAGUUUUGAAGGAUAACCUGAGCCAGCAUUCCGAAAGAUGUUUAAAGGAGCCUUCCAAGCAGAAACAGCUGCAGCUGGAACUGCAAAUCCUCGACGAUGAGAGGAAACUUCAGGAAGCAGAAGAAUCUAAUCGACGUGAGUACCUGCGAAAACGACACGCACUGAUGAAGGAGAUGAGCAACAAGUGUGAUUUUACGAGUGAUUCGGAAGAAAAUCGAUCAAAUGCGAGGGUUUUCGAUUGGUUAGAUGAGCAUGUAUGUAUGGAUCCACAUGAUGCGUCGACACACAGUACACCUGAGGCUCCACCGAUGCCACACUCGUCCGGGAAUCAGUGUCCGAAUCUGCCAGUUUCUGUACGACAAUCUGCAACCCGCGUGACUUCGGGAACUAGACAGCCGAUAUCCAACCAGCAACAGGGAAAUCCAAUGUCCGAAGUCGAUCUGAGAGAUCGCUUCACGCUGAGACCGACUCCAAUUGAAGAUGAAAACGACAAUAUCUUGACGCGUAACCAAGUCGCUGCUCGCCAGGCGAUUUCGCGGGAGCUUCCGUUAUUCAGCGGUACUCCAGAAGAAUGGCCGUUGUUUUUCUCAACGUUCUCGACGACGACCAACAUGUGUGGAUAUACACCGGAGGAGAACUUGAUUCGUUUGCAAAAGUGUUUGAAAGGAAAGGCGUAUGAAGCAGUGAAGUGCAGAUUGAUGCAUCCGGCCAAUGUUCCGGGGAUUCUGUCUACAUUGAAAAUGCUGUAUGGGAACCCUGAGGUCAUUGUUCAAAAUUUGAUACACAAAAUCCACUCAACGCCAGCUCCGAAGGCAGACAAAUUGGACACGAUUGUUGAAUAUGCGCUUGUUGUGCAGAAUCUCUGUGCGACUAUCGAAGCCUGUCAGCUAGAAGAGUAUUCUUACAACGUUGCCCUUCUGCAUGAGCUUGUGGAUAAGCUUCCGUCUGGAUUCAAGGUAGAAUGGGCGAAACACCGUCACACUUUACCACGAGUACAUCUAGCCGAGUUCUCAAAGUGGCUGUAUGAGCUAGCCGAAAUAGUGUGUCCGAUUGCAAGACUGCAGUUGAGCGAAACGAAACCAGUCCGUGGUAGCCAAAAGAAUUCCGCAUUUCUCAACGCUCACAGCAACGAUAUGUUCAGCGAUUUGGUAAAUGAGUCACAUACACAAGUGCUUGAACAAUCCAGUUCGGAAUCAAAAUCAUGCGUGGUAUGCAAGGGAAGUUGUCAUAAUCUGGAGAAAUGUAAACGAUUCGAAGGAUUGGGCUACAAUGCUAGGUGGGCAACAGUGAAGGAGUUCAAAUUAUGCCGAAAGUGUCUUCGGAAGCACAACGGGGCUUGUAAAUCCAAGCAAAUAUGCGGAAAAAUGGCUCAGAAUACCUCCGUACGUGAAUGUAAUGCCCAUCAUAAGUCCACUAAUAAAGGAUUGUUCCGAGUUGCUCCGGUUAUUAUUCAUGGUCCGGGUAAAUUCAUCAAGACAUUCGCAUUCUUCGACGACGGAUCAUCACUCACGUUAGUCGACUCCUCCCUAGUACGAGAGUUGAAGCUACAAGGAAAGCCAGAACCAUUGUGCCUCAAGUGGACCGGCAACAAACGACGAACAGAGAGUGAAUCACUGAGAUUGGAUAUCGAAAUAUCGGGAACAGGAGAAAUUCAAAAGAAAUAUCGCCUCGCGGGAGCUCAUACGGUUGCCAGUUUGGAUCUGUUCCAUCAGACAGUAGACAUGCGAAAAUUGUGCGAACAAUAUCCCCAUUUGCAAGGAAUUCCAAUCGAGUCUUAUAGAAAUGUACAGCCCAGGAUCUUGAUUGGGAUCGAUAAUGCUAAUCUUACGUUUCCUCUGAAGGGAAAAGAAGGGAAAAUGCACGAGCCAAUUGCAACGAAGACUCGUCUUGGUUGGAUUGUUCAUGGAGGAGCAGAAACUGAACACGCGUUAGUUGGACAUCACAGCCACAGCGUUCACCCUUGCACAUGCAGUGAGCAAUCCGACGAAAUGUUGCAGCAAGCCGUGAGAGACUACUUCUCCCUAGAUGGACUCGGGAUCUACAAAACUGAGAUGCUUUUGGUUUCCAGCGAAGAACAGCGCGCUCAGCAACUUCUGCAAUCGGUAAUUCAAACGAAGAGUGGUCGAUACGAGGUACGGCUUUUAUGGAAAUACAACGAGUUUCGCUUACCCAACAGUAAACCUGUAGCGUUGCGGCGUUUCCACUGCUUGGAGGCUAGAAUGAAGAAACAGCCAGUGCUAGCAGAAGCAUUACGCGCAAAAAUCGACGACUACCGACAGAAAGGGUACAUCAGGAAGCUUUCCGACGAGGAGCUGCGUGCUUCACAAGAGCGAGUGUGGUACCUACCGUUAUUUCCAGUAUUUAACCCGAAUAAGCCGGGGAAGAUGAGACUUGUCUGGGAAGCGGCAGCAAAAACCAACGGUGUAUCUCUCAACUCUAUGCUCUUGACAGGCCCGGAUUUGCUUACACCUCUGGACUACGUGCUCUACCGUUUUCGAGAAUUCAGGGUUGGACUUAGUGGCGACAUAAGAGAGAUGUACCUGCAGUUGCUCAUGAACGAGAAAGAUCAGCAUUGCCUCAGGGUGCUAUGGUGUGAUGACUCUUCCGGUAGCCCAAGUACCUAUGUAACUCAAGUAAUGCCUUUUGGUACCAGCUGUUCGCCAAGCUGUGCGCAGUUCGUAAAGAACCUCAAUGCACAGAAGUACGAAAAGGAAUAUUCCGCAGCCGUUCAAACAAUUACCAAGCAACAUUAUGUGGACGAUAUGUUGGCAAGUGUAGAAACGGAAGACGAGGCUAUUAAGCUUGCCAAAGAUGUGAAAUUCAUUCACGCCCAAGCUGGUUUCGACAUGCGGAACUGGAUUUCAAAUUCGCCGGUAGUCAUGGGAGUGAUGAAGGAAGAGAAGACUGAUGGAAAGUGUAUGAAUAUUGCCAUGGAGCUGGGGACAGAGAAAGUCUUGGGCAAGUGGUGGUGCACAUGUACCGAUACAUUCACUUAUAAGCUCUCACCCAAGCAUGAUCGGGAGCUCAUCGAAGGGCGGCGCAAACCAACGAAGCGAGAGGUGCUACGAACGUUAAUGGCUGUCUUCGAUCCGCUAGGAUUGAUCUCGAAUUUCCUCAUUUAUCUGAAGGUGUUAUUCCAAGAAAUAUGGCGAUGCGGUAUCGGAUGGGACGACGAAAUACCUGAAGGUCUACGCGUUAAGUGGGAGAAAUGGUUAGAUAUUCUACAAAAGGUUCAAGACAUCAGUAUACCUCGCUGUUAUCGUUCUCGAACGAAACUAUCAUCUGAAACCGACAUACAACUGCACACUUUUGUGGACGCAAGCCUGUCGGGAUACGCAGCGGUAGUCUAUCUACGCUUUGAACAAGGUAGCACUGUGGAGUGUAACAUAGUCGGCGCAAAGACGCGAGUGGCUCCCCUCAAAUUUGUAUCAGUGCCGAGGCUGGAGUUACAGGCCGCAGUCAUUGGAGUAAGGUUAGCCGAUAGAAUCACAAAGUCUUUGUCGGUCAAGGCUCAUCAACGCUUUUUUUGGAGCGAUUCGCGGGACGUUUUAUGUUGGAUCCGGUCAGACCAUCGGCGGUAUUCACAAUUCGUUGCGUUCCGUAUUAGCGAGAUUCUGGAAACGACGCAUGUAGUGGACUGGGGUUAUAAGCAGUCAAGAGAAAAUGUCGCGGACGAUGCUACUAAGUGGCAAGGUGAUCCAGAUCUCACCAAGAAUAGCAGAUGGUUCAAAGGACCUGAAUUCUUAUGGCAAUGUCAGGACACUUGGCCACCCAAUCCAUACCGAGAUGGAGAAACGAAUGAGGAACUUAAAGCGCAUCAGUUCUAUCACCAAGUGGAACCUGCACCCGUUAUGAACGUACUUGGUUUUUCCAGUUGGCAGCGUUUAUUGCGGGUAACAGCUACGAUUUAUAGAGCCGCACAUAACUUCAAAAGUCACCCAAAUGGAACUGAACGCAUGACUGGUCCACUCUCAGAUAAGGAACUUCAGCAAGCAACCAUUUAUCUGUACCGUUUGGCUCAAGCGGAUUCUUUCUCGGACGAGAUAGCUGUCCUAAGCAUGGAAACAGACACCAAGAUGCUGCCAAAGUCUAGCUCAAUCUACACAUUAAACCCGUUUCUGGAUGAACGAAAGAUUCUGCGGAUGCACGGUCGAAUAAGUGCUUCGGAAUACGCCUCCAUGGACGCUAAGAACCCGAUAAUUCUCCCGAAGGAUCACCACGUUACAUGGCUGAUAGUACGGAACCAUCACGAGAGAUAUCAUCAUCAAAAUCACGUUACCGUUGUGAACGAACUGCGGCAGACAUUUAGGAUUCCCAAGAUCAGGCAACUGUUUCAGCGUGUUAAAACGAGUUGUCAAAGAUGUAAAAACGAAAAGGCAAUACCGCGUCCACCUCCGAUGGGCGAUCUUCCAGAGGCAAGGUUGGCAGCUUUCACAAGGCCAUUCUCAUUUAUUGGCAUUGAUUACUUCGGUCCGCUAGUAGUGGUUAUAGGGCGUCGCACUGAGAAACGGUGGGGUGUGCUGAUAACUUGUUUGACUACACGGGCGGUACAUAUCGAAAUUGCACAUUCGCUCAAUGCGAGUUCGUGCAUAAUGGCAUUGAGAAAUUUCAUGGCACGGCGGGGUGUACCAAGGAAAAUCUACAGCGAUAGGGGUACAAAUUUUACCGCAGCGAGCAAGGAGAUUAUAGCAGCGAACAAGGAGCUUAAAGAGGCGCUUAAGAAGAUGGAUCAAGAGGAAGUCAUGCAAAACAUCAUUAGUACCGAGACGGAAUGGACAUUCCUACCCCCAGCUUCACCACAUAUGGGAGGAGCAUGGGAGAGGCUGAUACAGUCGGUGAAGAAAAACCUCGCUGCAAUGAAACCAGGGCGUAAUCCCACCGACGAAACACUCCGGAACACGUUAACGGAAAUUGAGAAUAUAAUCAACUCUCGUCCGCUGACACACGUACCCGUGGAAGAUCCUGAUGCUCCGGUUCUGACUCCCAACCACUUUCUGUUGGGUUCUUCAAGUGGACUCAAACCGGCCACAGCCUGGGACGAUAGUGCACUGGUUCUUCGACGGUCAUGGUGUGCGUCACAGGUCGAGGCUAACAUUUUUUGGCGACGAUGGAUGCGGGAUUACCUGCCAGAUCUAACCAAACGUACGCGGUGGUACAAUGAGGUUAAGCCGAUUCAGGUGGGCGAUGUCGUAGUGGUAGUCGAUCCCGGAUUACCAAGAAAUUGUUGGCCGAUGGGACGGAUAAUCUCGGUUAAUCGAAGUAAAGACGAUCAGGUAAGAUCAGCAGCGGUGCAGACUCUAGCAGGCAUCUACGAGCGUCCGGCGACAAAGCUAGCCGUAAUGGAGGUUCGACGCGAUGAAGAGGUAAGCCACAGACUGGGCGUACCCGGGGGGGAGUGUUACGACCCCUCGGUCGGCGCGACUCACCUCACAAUUUGA